CCUGAAGGCAUCACCAGAUAAUGGGCGUGUCCUCCGCGCCAACAACAUGUCGGCUCAGGAGUUUGCGUUCAAACUUUAGACCCAGUAUUUCAUUUACACGUACUGCAGUUCGUGUUUGCACAACAAUGGCGUGUGACCGUAGCGCAGACAUAGUCCAUUCUUUUAAGGGUGCUUUAUUGUUUAAGUUCCUAGUUUUAGUGUCAUGCAUUGGCAUAAAUGUACCGGGUUGCCAAUGUAACGCAAUCAGCCCAGAGAGAUGUCGCGUUUGGGGUCCAGGGCUGAAGCACGAGGCGGUGUUACCCGUGCGCUACUUCUUUAUUCAGGCGGUGAAUUCAAAGGGAGAAAACCUGACUGUGUCUCCAGGGACCGACACGUUCAAAGUGAAGAUCCGCUCCCUGGACGUGAAGGCGCACGUCCGCGUCCACGUUCCUGCGCCUCUAGACAGAGGAGACGGCUCCUUCCUGGUGCGGUACCGGCUCUACAACACGGCACCGAAGGGCCUGGAGGUGGAAGUGCUCCACCAAGAUUCUGCUGUGGCCGAGUCUCCGUACAUCAUCCAAGGUCCAGUCUAUCAUGAAUACUGCGACUGUCCUGAACCCAAUGCUUCAGUCUGGAGGAACAUCAUGCAGUGUCCUGCGGUGGAGCAUCAGAUUUUGGCAGACUUUAAACCCUUUCCUACGGUCGACCUCAAGCGGCUGCGACAAGAAGUGCCUCAGAGAUUCUCUAACAGAGGAGGUCUCAUUCACUACGCCAUCAUUAACAACCAGGUGUAUCGCCGCACUCUGGGAAAAUACACGGACUUCAAGAUGUUCUCAGAUGAAAUGCUGCUCUCUCUAACAAGGAAGGUGGUGGUGCCUGAUGUGGAGUUCUACAUCAAUGUUGGAGACUGGCCACUCGAGACAAGGAGUGUGGAGCCUCUUCCAGUGUUGUCCUGGUGUGGCUCGACAGAUACAAAGGACAUCAUCCUCCCUACUUACGAAGUCACACACUCCACCCUGGAGACAAUGAGGGGUGUCACCAAUGACCUGCUAUCUGUCCAAGGAAACACUGGGCCUACUUGGGCGAACAAAACUGAGCUUGCAUUUUUUCGUGGCCGGGACAGCCGCGAGGAACGUCUUCAGCUUGUCUCUAUGUCCAAGAAAAAUCCAGAGUUGCUGGAUGCAGGAAUCACAGGGUGGUUCUUUUUCAGAGAAAGAGAAAAAUAUGUAGGCAAAGCACCACUUGUUGGAUUCUUUGACUUCUUUAAGUACAAAUACCAGGUGAAUGUGGAUGGAACUGUGGCCGCUUAUCGUUUUCCUUACCUGAUGCUUGGAAACAGUCUCAUUCUGAAGCAGGACUCACAGUAUUAUGAGCAUUUCUACAGCCAACUAAAGUCAGGCACUCACUAUAUUCCUGUGAAGAGAAACCUGUCUGACCUUUUGGAGAAAAUCAAAUGGGCCAAACAGAAUGAUGCCACAGCACAAGAGAUCGCCAGAGCAGGUCAGUUAGCUGCCAGAGAGAUACUGCAGCCUAGCAGACUGUACUGUUACUACUACAAAGUGCUGCACAUGUACUCAGAGCGACAGACGGGGCAGCCCACACAACAUGCAGACAUGGAGCUGGUUCCUCAGCCCAAUGACCACACAGCACUGUGCCCAUGUGAACGUAAAAGUCAACAAGAAGAAACCAACAGCAAAGAUGAACUAUGAUAGACCCAUCCAUGAGCCUUUUAUUAUUAUAUCUUUGAUUAUUGCUCUAAUUUGCCCAAAUGGUUAUAAUAAACAAAAUAAAAAUUGACAUGUACUUUGUACAAUGAUGUGAUGUGUUCAUGUUUGUAUAAAACCUAUUACAUGAGAAAGUGAAGUAAUAUAAAGUGAUGUGAAUAUUGCUUUACUAUUGUACUGUAACUAUUGUAAGAGCUUUUCAUUAGUAUGUUUAUUUUUCUCAAAUUGUUUCUAUGUAUGUUUGAUUAUUUAUUAGCUUUUUAAGGUUUAUUUUUAAAGUUUAAUUUUGUUUUAGUUAGUUAAAAUGCUAGUUAGAAUUGUACUUUGAAAUAGCUACUAUUUGGGCACUGCUGUGGGCACCCCAUGGGUUACAUAUAGAUGGGUAUAGGACCAAUGUGCACCAAGAAUGGCUAAUAUUUUUUUACUAGAGCAAGAGGGACUGGAAGAAUUGUUUGUUGUAUCUUGAUAUUUUAGAUAUUUCUUUUGUACCACAGUGUAUAGCAUCAUGUGUGUACGAUUACUGCUGGCUAUUAAACAUAGAGCUCUGGCUCAAAAGUCUA